GCAAACGGCAUGUGUGCUUGGGAGCAUCAAAGCCUGGCCGCGGAUGGCCUUAAUUUAAUCAUGAAAGAUACCUUCUUAGCGAAAGGCUCUGCUAAUCUGGACAAGUUGAUGGACCUCUGCAACGAAGAGGAAGAACAUCCUUCCACGCUUUUUCAGCUCUACACCCAGGCUGUCCUAGACAUUACAUAUUUUGAGGAAAACCAGCUUGUGGAUGAAGAUUUUCCAGAAGAAUCUUCCUUGCAAAAGCUAAAAGAACUUAUUUCUGUUCUUUCAGAACCAGAAGACCUAGUGAGGGAAUGCAGCAUAAAAGAAGAACCCAUCAACAUCCUUGGUGUAGAGUUGUUAGAAUGUCUUUACUGGAGAAAAGGAGCCCUGCUUUACAUGUACUGCCACACAGCAAAAGAAAGGAGUGAAUGGCUACAAGAAAACACUGCCACAUUUAAAAAGUGUCUUAAUGAUGGAGUUCAUUACUUGAUGAAGAUGCUUAGCUUUAGAUGCCCUCUUCAGCUAGAUGAAGACAUCUCACUUCAAGAUAAAGACACAGCUAGAUUACUCAGUGAAGGUAUAUUUAGUGACACUCACUUACUGGCAAUGAUGUACAGUGGAGAAAUGUGCUACUGGGGACUGAAACACUGUGGAGAAGGGAAGCAGGAAAGCCUCGAGUCAAUAGAUCCUUUGUCUAACGGUGACGUGGGCAGCAGAUCGCAGAGCAUAUCGCUGGAUUUCCAGGAAACAGGGAGAAACAUGUUAACAAAGUAUGUGGCCGUAUGUGAGGGACCCUUAAAAGGGCAAGGGUGGAACACAACAACUGCAAAACAAAUGCUGCAUUACUUUGUGAAAUCCCACAACUAAGAUCCGCGGCGUUGUCUGUGCUAGAAGAAAACCUGUGGCAUGAGAGCUCACUCUUCCGUGACUCACUUCUUUUCUUUUUCCAACCGAAAUGUAUACUUCUGUUGCAUUAAAAACACGCCUUCCAAGGA